UUAGCAAUCACUGAACACACCACGUUGAGAUCUGUCAAGCGGCAAAUUUUUGUUGUCGUGUCCUCAAUUAUACGCUGUGCCACACAAAUUUUUGCAUUUUUCGAGUUGUUGAGUUAUUAAACUUUCAAAUGACCAAUAAAAAGGAAGAAAAGCCACUGCCUGAAAUUGAGGUUGUAAAAAUAAACAAAUGGGAUGGUUCAGCUGUAAAACAUGCACUAGAUGAUGCAGUAAAGAAUUGCCUUUUAUGCGAUCGACCGCAGCUGAAAGAACAAUUUGGUUUGAUCAAUACGCGUCUGGUGCUAUGCGCACUGGCCGUGGGUGUUGCUGUGUUGGCUCAUGGCUGGGACUACACGCAUCCCUUUCCCGAGUCGCGACCAGUAUUGCUAUUUAGCGUCAUCGCCUAUUUCUUGCUAAUGGGCAUACUCACUUUACACACAACAUUCCGCGAGAAGGGCACGUUUGUUGUUGCAGUACAAAAGAACGGCAAUAAUGGACCACGCACUUGGGAAGCAAGCUCCGACAUGAAGAAAUACGAUGACAAAUAUUCGUUAUUUUUCUCCGUUAAAGAUGCCAAGGGUGAACGGGAAGUAAGCAGUACCAAAUCGUGUGCCAACUUCAUUGAUGCCAACGGUGUAGUAUUGGACUAUUUGGUGGCCAACGAAGUCAACCGUUUGUUCAAUUCAUUAUCAGCUGGGAAAAAGGAUGAGUAGCUCGUUUGAGAAUGGUAAAUAUGGCAUACCAGUACAUUUAUCUAAAUUAUAGUACACACAGUGACAGCAUAUGUGAGAAUGAUGGAGAAGAGACGAAAAUAAAAGGAAACGGUAUGGAGGUCGUUGAUUUAGAUCUGCAGCCAUUGUGUGUGUAAAACCGCUUUGCGAAAAAUAUUUACAUUUAAGUAAUUGAAUUUUUUCCAUAUAUUGUAAGACUUCAAUAAUAUGCAUUUCGUUCAAUAAUAAUAUGUCUGAAACUACAAUA